UUCUUCCUAUUUUGCACUGCAUGAAUACAUGGGGAAUCACUGAAUCUGUGCACGCUCAUAGCCGCCUAGCAGCUUAGCCAGCCGCCCCCACCUUUUGCUUUAGUGCAAAACCUAUUCGGACAUUCUUCAUCCUGAUCUCCUUCUAUCUUCAUCUUAUUCUUUACAAAUUCAACUGGCUUCCCUAUGGAAAACUACCAAAUGUUCUUCCCCUGUUCUUCUACUGGGCGGCAGUCAAGUUUUCCUAUCUCAACAAACAUGGGAAGCUCUAAUGUUUUUCAGAAUCUUCAAGGUGUGAGCUCGAAUGGGACGUUCUUGGGGUUGGGGACAGAAAACCUUCUCCCGAAAAGAUCGGCAGAGGACGUUAAACAACCAGCUGAUCAUGAUCAGCACUGCCCUGUUAGUUCAAAUGGAAGCUUUGCUGGGGAAGAAAGCAAGGGAAAACAAGGUAAGAAGAAGGGGGAGAUCAAGAAGAUUAGGAAGCCCAGAUAUGCUUUUCAAACUAGGUCUCAGGUUGAUAUACUCGAUGAUGGCUAUCGGUGGAGAAAAUAUGGCCAAAAGGCAGUUAAGAACAACAAAUUUCCGAGAAGCUACUAUCGUUGUACGUUUCAAGGUUGCUGUGUAAAGAAGCAAGUUCAACGCCUAACCAAAGAUGAAGGCAUCGUAGUGACUACUUAUGAAGGGGCGCACAUCCAUCCAAUAGAGAAGCCAACUGAUAACUUUGAACUUAUUUUGAGUCAGAUGCAAAUUUACACUCCUUUUUGAAGUACUCUUGAUCGAUCACAUGAUCAUCAUUCGAUUUAUGUAACCGGCCGGCCUGCCUCCCUCCUCGGUUACAAAAGAUAGAUAGUUUGUGUUGAUCAUAGAAAUGGCACAACUGCCCAGUACUUUAAACUGUUUCAGUUCUUGGCUUUGUACGUAACUCUUUUUGAGGUCUUUUUUCUUCUUCAUUUUUUUGUCAUUAGUUUAUGUACUUGUUUGUUUGAAUAGUGGGAUGAGAUGAGAUAGUUUUAGAUGAAAGUUGAAGUUAAAUAAAUUAUUGUUAUUGUUAUUGGUUUUAAAUGGGAUUCCGUUGACUACUUUUUUUGGGACUA